AUGAUAACCAAUCAACAAAAUCAAAUUGAAAAUAACAAAAAGCAAUUAGACAGUGAAGAGAGUUUAUUAGAUAUCAAAUUGGUAAAAUAUUCAAAUAAAUCAAUAAAUUUAUUUAUAAAGAAAUCUGGUAUAGUUUUAAAAAUAAAUAAUAAAAAAAAUAAAUAUAUAUUUCAAGAUUCAAUUGUUGGUACAACUGUCGUAGAUGGUAAACUUAUAUUAUCAGCAUGUGUGGUUAAAAGAAGACAUAAAGAUCAAAGAAAAAGAAAAACAUAUACAUUUUCAUUUCCACAAGGAGGGGAGAGUGAAGCUCAUACCGUUCAACAAAUGAUUCAAUCAACAUUUUUAAAUACACUACCAAGAGGUCAUCCAAGAAAUAGAAAAAUUAGAAUUUUAAUUAAUCCAAAAUCUGGUAAAAAAGAAAGUGAAACUAUUUUUAAAGAGAUUGAAAAGUUAUUUAAAGAUUCAGAAAUUCAAAUUAAGAGAACUAUUACAAUGGAACCAGAGCAUGCAAAAAAGAUUGGCUUCAAAUUUAAUUAUACAAAGUAUGACACAGUUGUAUUUAUUAGUGGCGAUGGCUUGUUCCAUGAAUUUAUAAAUGGUAUGUUAUCACGUGAAGACUAUGAAGAGGCAAAGAAGGUCCCAUUGGCUCUAAUUCCAGCAGGUACUGGUAAUGGUAUAGCAUGUUCAAUAGGGUUACAGGAUCCAAUGAAUGCCGCUUUGGCUGUUAUCCAUGGUUUUACUAAACCAUUGGAUGUUUGUAUCGUUCAACAAGGCGAUACUAAAUGGUGUUCAAUUUUAUCAUUGACAUGGGGUUUGGUUAGCGAUGUCGAUAUCGAGUCUGAAAAGUAUCGUUCCCUAGGUGACUUACGUUUAAUAUUGGGUGCUGCCAUUAGAAUUUUGAAUUUACGUAUUUAUAAAGGCAAGGUCCUCUUUUUACCUGCUCUAGAUGAAUCAGUUGACAAGUCUAAAAUUCAAAAUAUUCCAAAAUGUGUUUAUAAUUGUGAAAUUUGUGACAGCACAAAUUCUAUCAAGGUAAUUGAAAGUAAAUUAUUAAAUAAUAAUAACAAUAGUAAUGGGGAAGAUACCACCAGUAAAAUGUCUAUUACAAACACCGAUAGUGAAAACCCAAUUAUAAUACCAAGUAAUAAUAGUGACAUCAGUGCUUCCGGUAGUCCAUUAUCAGCAUCAGUUGUACCAACUCCAAAGAGUGCCAGUGGAAGAAGUGAUAUUAAUCUAAGUUCAAACUCAGCAUAUAAAUCAUUGGACAUUAAUCACAUACCUUCAACUAAAAUUAAUCACGAAAAUUAUUUAACCGAAAAUCAAGAUCACCUCUUAGAAAAUGGUUGGAGAUGUAUUGAUGGCGAGUUUAUAGGUGUGGUUGCAAGUACUGUAACUCAUUUGGCAUCUGAUUUUAUUUCAUCACCAAAUGCUCAUUUAUCAGAUGGUUUAAUCGAUUUGGUUUUAAUUCGUAAUAAUCCAAAGUUAUCAAAAGCUUCACUUUUAUCCAUUUUAACAGAUUCCGCAACUGGUGAUCAUUUAAAGAGUGACCUUAUCGAACAUCACAAAGUAAAAGCCUUAAUUUUAGAACCUGGUAAUGAAAGAACAGGUAUUAUCGCUAUAGAUGGUGAAAGAAUCAAAUAUGGUAAAACCUCAAUGGAGAAUGUUAGAGGUUUAAUUAAUAUUAUAGUUUCUCCAAAUGCUACCAAUAAUAUAAAACCUCCAAAACCAGCAAAAUAA